AUGUCACUCAACCAGUUACAGGAUCUCCAGUUUCAACUGAAGUUUGUCGCGAAGCAGUUUGGGAAGAACUCCACGCGUUGUGAGAAGGAACAGAAACAGGAAAUGCAGAAGUGCAAAAAGGCGAUGGAAAAGGGGAACAUGGACGGGGCCCGUAUCUUUGCGCAGAACAGCAUCCGUAAGAAGAACGAGGCACUUAACCAUCUUCGCCUUGCGGCUCGCAUGGACGCCGUUGUUUCACGGCUUGAUACUGCCGUAAAGAUGAAGAUGGUAACGAAGGGAAUGGGACAAAUGGUGAGGGGAAUGGACAAAGUUCUUCAGUCAAUGAAUCCGGAGGCCAUCUCGGUCCUCAUGGACAAGUUUGAGAAACAGUUUGAGACAAUGGAUGUCGCCUCGGAAUACAUGGAAAACGCGAUUGGACAGACAACGGCCACUAGUAUGCCGGAGGAUGAGGUAAGCACACUCAUGGCGCAGGUGGCGGAUGAACACGGACUGGACAUCAAACAGCACCUGGAUGAUAAGAUUAGAAUAAGCAAAACGAAUCCCAUGGCAGUGGAAACGGUGGAUAGCGAAAAAGACGAUCUGGAGGAGCAGUUUGCUCGACUUCGAGGGAAAUAG